CUCAAAUGUGAGCAUAAAAUAGCGAGAUUGAGAAUAUUCUCACUUUAGUUUCUUUCGAAUUGUGAAAUAGCCAUGAAGUUCCUUAACAUUUUUGCUGUUUUUCUGAUUUUUUGUGUGAUCGACACACAUUCUUUGAAGAUUUUGGGGGUCUUUCCAACGGGUAGCAAGUCACAUUUUGCCAUUGGCAAAGCUAUUGUAGAUGCCUUACAUGAUGUUGGACAUGACAUAACUGUAAUGUCAUCAUUCCCACAGAAAAAGACGAAAGAGAGGUACCGAGAUGUUGAAUUUUUGGAAAUAAGGGAGAAAUAUGAAAAAGAAAUGAAUGUCAGUGCCUUUGAUUUUGGGAAAAUGCCCGUGUUUAUGAUGGUCUCUAUGAUGUCUACAUUUGGUAUGGGUGUUAUCGAUGACACGCUCAAUUACGAAAGUGUCCAAAAGUUUUUAAAAAGGAAGGAAAAGUUUGAUGUUUGCAUUGUUGAAAUAUUCUAUAUGGAAGCAUAUAUGGCUAUGGCUGAACACCACGACUGCAUCCUAAUAGGCUAUACAACAUUCAAUGCUGUUGGUGCGAUCGAUGAAAUAACUGGAAAUAUAUCACCAACAUCUUAUGUUCCAAUGCCUUUUUUGGAUUACAUUGAUAAAAUGACGUUUAUCGAAAGAUUGUGGAAUACUGUGUAUACAGCAUAUGAAAAAAUACUAUUCCACGUGCUUGAAGUUCCCAUUCAGUAUCGUAUCUAUAAAAGACACUUCCCAGAUGCCAAAAAAUCUUUUUAUGAGAUGAUUAAAAGUCCAGCAAUUAUCUUUCAAAAUAGUCAUGUCAGCACAUCAUCACCACGUCCAUAUCUCCCAAAUGUCAUUGAAGUUUGUGGAAUUCAUGUUAAGGCAGCUAAAGCUUUACCAAAUGACUUGCAGGAAUUUUUGGACUCAGCUGAUGAAGGCGCUAUUAUAUUCUCAAUGGGGUCAUUCAUUCAAAGCAAAGAUUUUCCAAUUGAGAAAAGAACUGCGUUCCUUAAUGUCUUUGGAAGACUAAAGCAGAAAGUUUUGUGGAAAUUUGAGGAAGACAUGCCAAAUAAACCAGAUAAUAUUAAAAUCAGCUCUUGGUUGCCACAAAGAGAUGCUUUAGCUCAUAAGAAUGUCAAAGUGUUCAUCACUCACGGUGGUUUGUUAGGAACAACUGAAGCUAUGUAUGAAGGAGUUCCACUUUUAGGGAUUCCAAUCUUUGGAGAUCAAAAAAUGAACAUGAACAAUGCAGUAGCUAAAGGAUAUGGACAAGUCGUUAAUUUCGAUGACAUAACUGAGGAGAGAAUUGAAUCAGCCUUGACGAAAUUACUUAAUGAUCAAAAGUACUUUAAUACUGCUAAAUCAUUGUCUAAAAUAUUCAACGAUCGACCUAUGACCCCUCAAGAGUCUGUCGUUUACUGGACAGAAUAUGCAUAUAGACAUAAAGGUGCUGAACAUUUAAAGAGUGCAGGCAGUGACUUGUACUACUUCCAGGUGAUUUCGCUGGACGUUUAUUUCGUGUUAUUUCUUAUUUUUAUUGUCAAUGCAAUGAUUGACUUUUAUGUUGCUCGAUAUUUGUACAGAAGAUGCUUCCGUAAAGCUUCAGGGAAGCAGAAGUUAAAUUAAUUAUAUUUAGUAAAAACUGUAGAUACAUUUAUAAAUAAAGAUUAUAUAAUGGAAAU